GGUAUGCUUCGGAGGUUCCCUCUGUCGCCGUCAUUGCCGCCGUCAAUAUUCGUAGAUGCGGUCGCCAGGCUCCGGCAAAUGAGGAGCCGUGUUAGCUCUCAGUCGUUCAGAGACCGACGAAAGGCAAGCAUCGAUUCAGCAAGCGUUUUCCCGGUGCACCUGAAGCUGGAGUGGUGCGUCGGUAGGGCGAUACACCUUCACAGAUUGGCCAUCAUUUACUAGUCGUGUUGUUCGACUGUUUCAAACAACCGAUGGAUUGUGCUGCAGAUUCCGUGGUAUUUGGAUCUAGUCGGAUAUACCUUGGUUUCUCAUGGAACUUUUACUUUUAAGUCUUUCCUGCUAUCAAUGGGCUUUGGAUUUUUAAUUGCGACUAUUAAGCAAAUUAGUAUCGCUUCGGAUGGAGGUGUGGGGCUAACAGUGUUUGUCCUUGUACCCCCAAGAAGCAUACACUUUUGACUUAGCUUUAAUUGUAUGCCAGUGUCUAUAUUCCUGAGAGGAUCAAGGUUGUACUAAUUGGUAACGUCUAGACCACUUGGGUUUCCUGGAGUGUCGCUCAACACAGUUGUGUCAAAACAGUUGCUACACAUCCGCAACAUUAAAGAACAGAUUGGAAAGAGCGACACUUAUACCUGGUCAGGGACCAAUCCGACACUUAUCUUCUACUUUCCACUGGAUAAACACUUCUGAAGGACUUUCCAACUUUAAUUAAAUGAAGAAACGAAAGUUUAGUCUUUCUAUAAACUGGAAAACAUAAGAGUGGUUCAUCGUAUUUCUGGAAACAACUGUUCUACUCUCUAUAAUGAAACAGUUUUAUUAAGAAGAGCAGUGCCUGGAUACACAAUGUACUGGAGAUAUGUUGUAUGGAGGAUGUGAGAUGACCAGCUCUGCCUUAGUUACAGGUGUCCAAGACGACGUGAGCAACGUCAUGGUUCCAUCCUUAUGUUCUGCCUAGGGGGCUCUAAACCACGAACCGUGGAUACCUCCAGGAAAACCCUUCUCUAUAUCCUAAACAGAAGCCGGAGUGAUCUGACCCUUGACCUGAUGACGGUUUCACGUGAGGGUUCGGAGGUGUUCGGCGCUGAGAUGCAGGAGCUAGUCAACCAAAGCGUCGUAUACAGCGGUAUACGGGAAAGCGAUGGCUAUGAGGACUUCUACGUGCAAGCUCGCUUUGUAACAGGGCUAAUAUGCUACCCCAUCGUGUGUGUGUUUGGAUUGGUUGGAAAUGUCCUCAGCAUUAUCGUCAUGUGUCAGAAACAGAUGACGUCAUCUACAAAUGUGUACCUUCUCGCCUUAGCUAUCUCUGAUUGCAUCAAACUCAUCAGUGACUUUCUAUACUUCAUGGUGAUUUUGUUACUAGAAAUCGACUUCCCUAGGGGUAAUAUGGCGUUUGGGUUUUUAUAUCCCUACGCGCACUAUAUUUUUAACUCUUCUCUGUGUAUAUCCGCGUGGCUGACAGUGUCUGUGGCAGUGGAGCGAUACAUUUACGUCUGUCACCCGACCAAAGUGAAGCACUACUGUGGUAUAUCACGUGCCAGGACUAUUUCCACGUCUGUGUUCCUCAUCAUGAGCAUACUGGCUAUACCUUACGCCAUGCGUUACAGGACAGUGGAGCAAUUCAACAAUACCACAUCCCAUCAUUACUACGAUCUGCAGGUAUCCGACCUGUGGAUGAACGAGACAUUUUCAACGACAUAUACCUGGCUUCAGAACUUUCUGCGUUCGAUCAUCCCGUUGUGUAUCCUAAUUGUCCUUAACACCUGCAUCAUCUACGGAAUGAGGCGAUGUAGGAUCGGCCGAUCAAAGUCGAGUAGACGACACCGCAUCACCGUCAUGUUGAUCGUCGUAAUCAUCGUGUUUCUCGUCUGCAUCACCCCAGAUGCAAUUAUGUCGACAUUCUUCGGCAUCGGAUAUUAUGAGGAGAAGUUCCUGCAACGAGGCGUGCGGGAGAUCACAGACUUGCUACUACUUGUCAAUUCGGCUUGUAAUUUUGUAAUCUAUUGCAUAUUUAACACAAUAUUCUGGAGAAACUUUGUGUAUUUAUUCUGUAGACCUUGUUGUGGUCCAACAGUUCAAAUGGAAGAAUCACAAAUACGACGAUUGUCACUGGUGGGUAGACCACGUCCAUCCUUGCACGUACGCAUAGGUAGCCGGAAGUUCAAAGAUGGCCUUCUAUCGGAAGUCUGACAUCUGUAAAAACGUUUUCAGUUGAUCAUUCUUCCAGAUGUAUAAUAUCUUGUCUAAUGAAAAUGCCAACAUAAAGCGAACAAACUAGCUAUUGUCACGAUUAGACAACUAAUUGUGCUGAGUUGUGAUGAAUUGCGUUGGACAGGGUCAUCCUCAACUUCACGAAAAAGUGACCUAGGACGAUGUAAUGUCAUCGUGUAAAGGCUUUAAGAGAGGCCAACCACACCGAAUCCCAGAGUGGCAAUUUAAUGAACCAAUGUCGUGACUUCGCUAUUGCUCAACGAUCGUACUUCCUAUUUGAGAUUUGAUAUCACAUCGUUUGUUCAACAGUGAUUCCCUUGAUAAUUACAAUGUUCUUCUUUACAUAUAAGCGUUGAGCUGAGCAACAUACACAUAAAAACUGUUUGUGUUGUGGAUUUGUGUCCCUGUUGCACAGAACAAGCUGCUCAACAGACUUACAAUGUAAACAGACCAUUCAGUCUAUGUAUGUGUGAUACAGCAACUGUGAUACACCCACGAAAAUUUACAUUUUUUAUCAAAUAUGUAUAUAAUGUUCCGGGGCUUCUUUGUACGUAUAGAGUUGGAUGUGAUCACCCCACUGCCUAUCGACUGUUUAUGGCGUCUUCACUUGGGCAUUUUAUAACCUGCUACAUUUUACAACUACCUAACAAUCAUUGUUAUCAAAUGGUUAUAGUGAAUUUCCUGAUUUAAUGUGCACCAUGUAUUUCAAGGGACCUCGUAAUGGAUACAACACCAUAUAAGUCUUUUAAUGAAUCAGUAGGUUAUGGUAUCAUGCAUUUGUACCAUGACACUGAACGUACAUCCUCUAGUAAUGUUACCUCCAAAACGAACCAAUAGCAUUGAAGACCCCUCACAAUGCAAAAGCUCAUUGGUUGAUUUUGGAGGUACAACCCUUUUGCUGUAAACAAUUGAAAGGAAAGUGCAUGGGUAAUAUUUUGUUCGUGGGAAUAAAAUUAUUUGAUAAUCGGAAAAGCUUGACGAAAGCUUUUCACUGAUGCUCGUAACAUUCCUGUUACUAACAGGCCGUACUUUCAUCUUUACUUGACAUGUUCAUUUAUCACUAAAUCACUCAAACUAUUAGAAUGAAGUCAUAUGAAUCCAUUGGUGAUGUCGUGUUGUACAUGAGACUACUGCUUAGCAUAUGAAUGGGUUUUUUUCAACUUGAGCUUGCCUUAGUGCUGUACUGCCUGUUCUACUGGGGACAAUCAAGGAAAAUGUACCAUAUCUUCAUUUUUGUGUAAAUAAACUGAUAUUGUCAAC